AUGGCCGGUUCAUCAUUCACCACCUUGGCCUUGACCCCGGAUCCAAGUUUCAACUGGUUCUUUCUCCUGCAGAUCAUCGUUUCAUGCAUUCUUGUGCUAUUCUUCUUACUUUACUUCAAUCGCCUCUUCGCUACCCUCUUGUCAUACGGGAUCCGCGCUUACACGUGGCAUUAUUACCGCGCAUACGUCGAUAUCCACGCCCUUCAAAUAUCCCUAAUCGGAGGGAGAAUAUUCUUCAAGGGCAUUCGGUAUCACGGUGUGAACGAGACAAUCUUCGUCCAUGGAGGGUUCGUCACCUGGCACUUCUGGAAGCAUGCGGUGCGGCGUACAGAUAUCUCGCACCUGGGAUCUAGCGAGACUGAUUCCGGGUCUCAAAGAUCAAGGACUAACAGUGACACUGGGGACAAGAGUAGUAGCAUUGGUGAACAGGGUGGGAUUGACUGCACUACAGCGCUUCCUUGUCGUAUCACAGUCAAGUUCUAUGGGCUGGAAUGGUUUAUUUACAACAGGACCCCGGCAUAUGAUAGCAUCCUCUCUGGAUUUGGCGUGGGGACAUCCAACCGACCAUCUGAUUCUCGGAGUGAAUCGUCACAGGCAAGUCUGAAAGAGAACCGGCCCCACGAACUCUUUUCGACCGAACCACCCUUUCAACAGCCACCCGCCGUCCCCAACGGAACCCGCGCAGCUGAAUCCGAGCGAGAUGGAGCUCCAUCACAGGAGAUCGGGGGCGGAAUGUCCAAAAUCCUUCAACUUUUGCCUUUGAAACUAGAGUGUGAGAAGGGCGCAAUCGUUAUGGGAAAUGAAAACACACGUUCUGUGUUAACGAUGACCUUUGACUUCGCUACGGGGUUGAUCGAGGCGUGCCACACCGCGAAUCAGCUGGAUCUUUAUCGUCAAGUGUUUAGCUUCAAAUUUGACCAUCCAAUUGUUCAAAUGAGACCCAAUCCGGAUUACAAACAGACCCAGUUAGCCGCAGCAAAUGGAUUGAACACAUCCCGAGAAGAAAAGCCUGGGACGAAGCGAAAGAGAGAUACAAUCUUCAAUUACCAGUUUCAGAAGCGCAGAGUUUGGCACAGCAUUCGUGACCUUAUACCAUACUUCCAGACCUCAGUUGAGUCAUUUCACGCCCCCGAUAUGCGACCCGGAAACGACCCUCGGGCCCGUACCCGCAAUGAUUCCCGAUGGGUUGGUCUUUCCCGUUACUUGGAGCAAGGCAGCCAGGAUGAUCACAGUGAGUGGGACUCCAUUGAAUACGGCAGAUUUUCGACCAUCCUUGAUAGCCCCAACAUGUUUGUUACAUACUUUUGGGAUAUUCCGGGAGUUGUCAGAGCACAACCCUUUGCUGAGGAACCUUUGUCACCGGAGAAACCUCCCAACAUCAAUGGUGCACCGGCACCAGAAUGGGGUAUUGAUGUGAAAGUUGAAGGAGGAAUCAUCAACUACGGACCUUGGGCGGAUAGGGAGCGGGUAGGGCUGCAGAACAUCUUCUUUCCAAACGCCUACCGGAACUCACAGCCUGCGGAACCUCUGCGCCCCGGAGAGCCAAGGCAAAACACGGUCUUUCGCUUCAGAGUCGAGUUUGAUCAAGAGACAAUCCUCCGUAUCCCCACACGAGAGCCAUCUAAAGACUGGCAGUGGAAGGGGCGCGGCGAUGCAGUACGAGGCGCAUCUAAAUUGAAGAAGCGGCAACGCAGAAAAAGGACACGCGCUGCAGAAGGCGAAAAGGGCAAUAUUGGCCCCGAUAUGCGUCCCUUCGGCUGGUUCUCGCUUCGCAUUGCCAGCAACUCGACAAUCAAUUACAUGAUGGCCACGGUGGGUGGGGAGCCGGGAUUCGCGAGUAAACUUGAUCUUGACCUUCGAGACUCGAAAAUGUCGUCAAGUGUCAACCAUGCUUUGCUGUGGAGUUGUCCUAGGCAACUCAUUACUUGCGACCUUUCCGUUCCGCUCGCUUGGAACACAUUGCGUACCUGGAAGUUUGAUGUGAAGAGCCACGACAUGGAGCUCUUUUUAUUGAGGGAUCACAUUUUUCUCCUGACGGACUUGAUUACGGAUUGGGGCUCAGGCCCUUCACAGGACUAUUAUACUUUUGUUCCGUUCAUAUAUCACGUGAACAUGUCUUUCACAAACCUGCGACUUUUGAUCAAUGUCAACGACUCGAACAUCGUCAGCGACCCUACAGAUCUCAGCGACAAUCGCUUACUCGUGAUCAAGGGCGAGACGGUCACCUCUAAUGUGAUCAUUCCAUUGGACAAAUACUGCGCAGAGCAGAACGCUGUGGACUUUAAUGUCAAGCUCUUGAACACUGACAUCGAGUUCGAGGCGCCAAUGUGGGACACACUUCACACGUUCUUGAAGAAUAAAAAGAUGGCCACUCUAGAAAGCUUGGCCAUUAGUGGCUCCUACAAUUAUUACCUUUCCACUUCGGCUGAAUUGACAGAUACCCUGCGCCUUGAUAUGCUUGGCAUCUCUCCGAGACUGUACAUGUUUGGAUUUCUGAUCAAGUGCUUUAUGAUUGUGAAAGCGAAUUACUUUGGUGAAGAUGUGCAUUUCAAAACCCUCGAAGAAUUCCAGGAACUCGCAUACUCUGGGGAUGCAUCCGCAGCACACCACGGAGUUAACCCAAACAAGAAGACCAAUGACCUCGACGUUGUACUGCAUCUCGUCGUGGACAAGCCUUGUGUUUUACUGCCAGAGACCCUGUAUGAUGAUCACGACUGUAUAAGACUCACUGCCCCUUCUUUAGAGAUCGACCUGCGUUUCACGAAUUACUACAUGGACCUGCAAUUUUCUCUUGCACCUUUGGGAGCAGCGUUGGAAACACGCAAGCAAGGAGAGCACCCGGCAAUAUCUGCUACCCAGCUAUUCAUUGAUGGAGCUUCUAUAUACGGACACCGUAUCUUUGGCCUGCCUCCUUCGGAGCCAACUUACGUUUGCAACUGGGACUUUGAUAUUGGGAAGAUCAUCGGUGAAUGCUCGCCCAAGUUUCUGGCUUCUUUCGGUAGCGCCUUACAGGGGUUCGAUUUUUCCUUCGACAAUGAGGAGAACGCACUUCCACCAUUAUUCCCAAUUGCUCUCCACGAUGUCACGUUCCUACGUGCAAGGAUUGAUUCAGUCCAUAUCUCCAUUAUUCUAGACAACAAUGCUCUCCUCCUAAACACCAGUACAGCAACUGUGAGAUUCAAUGAUUGGGCGAAUGCUCGCUUCUCAAAGCGCAUGAGCUUGCUCCUUCCGGAAAUAUCUUUCGCUGCGAUAGAUUGCACAUCGCUUGCCGAAUUCGAUGGCUUGAGUCAAUCCAAGGUGCUUCCGCUAGCUCUUUUCCAGACCUCCCUGAAGUUGAAAAUGGUGCAACGAAGAAACGAUAUUGGCGAGACUCGGAGACUGCAGCAGGAACAUAUAAGAUCCCAUGAUCAGCGGACUCAGCGAACCCCCUGGCUACUUUUCGAUUGGGACCAGGUUGAGCCGAACAUACAAUAUCCUGAAAAUAAUACAGCACCACGCCCCACCAUUGCCAUACCUACGAUGCCGGAACCUCUUGCGGGAAGCUAUGGGUUGUUAAAUCUAGCACGCUUAAGGUAUCCGCAGGAAAAUAACAUUUCAAGUUCCAACAGCUUCCUUCUGCGUUCCGAAACUUCUAGCAUUAGAAGUAAGCUCAAGAAAGGAACACUUGGUGCCAGUGAAACUCGAAGCCUGGCGUCUUCUGUAUACCGACCUCAGAGGUACUCUGGGAAAGCUGGGAAUGGCCCGACACCAGUGCCACAUCGGUAUCGGAAGGGCGACGCUAGGUUGUCGACCCAUAGUUUGAACGCGUCCAACUCUUGGGGAUUGCCUGGGUUUACCCUUCACCAAGUGAAGCUAGACACCUCUAGACUUCCUUCUGGUCAAGCAUCAGCUCCUGUUGCUCCCGAAUCGAGCACCUUGGGUCUGAAAUUCGAUCCCCACUUCUCGCCAUUUGAGAAUGAUGAUACAACCCAUACCAAUUUCAUACUCGACCUGAACAAUGGUAUUCGGGGGUUCUGUACAGCAGAUUUCAUCUUUAUGCUUCCAACGUUGUUAGAAUCUUUCGAGCUGCGACAUCCGGUUGAGAUGAUCGAUUCGCUACAGAAAGACAUCAUCUCAGACAUAGUAACCUACGAGAAAGCUCUAAAGAGACCGAAGAAAAGUACAACUCUUGCUAUUCGAGCGCCUAUCAUCACGAUGAAGCUGCUCAACGCCCGCAAAUCGCCCGACACUAGGGAGGACAGCUUCCAGGACGAAUAUAACCUCGAAAUCUCCCGCUUAAGCACGGCGAUUAGAACGAGAGUCGAACGAAGGAAAGGUGACCUUAUAUCCGGUAUUAGCGAGAGCAUUACCGCGCAAGCUGUUGCUGAAAGCCUAUCCUGGUCAGCCGGAAGCACCUACUUCGACCAACACCGACAGAAAUCUGAUCUUGGCUGUCAUCUGGAAGACAUUAGUUUCUGGCAUGUGACUUCGCCAAUAAAAAAGUCAAACCUGCAAAUUCGUGCAUUCGACACUCUCAUGUCCACCAAAUCUGUUGAGCGGCUUGCACUUCUUGUUCGUCGCACGACCACCAUGCUUGAUUCUGCCACGUCUUCGUUCCAACAUAGCUCCUCACUCCGUCAUAACCGAUUGCGUUUCUUGGUCUAUAGCCUCACACAGUCUGCAGCACAUAUGCCAGAUCCGGCAUUCUUGACGCGCGUUUCAUAUAUGUUGAGACUUACCCCAGGGCAUUUGCGGCAUCAUGAUUCUUGGAAGAUCCUUUCUCGAAUUCGUAACGUUUUCAAUAACCUCGCAACUGAGAAGCAGCAAGCCUUGACUGAACAGUGCCUUCGAGAUGACAUUGCCCUCAUACCCAAUGCUAAGAGCGCUGUGCUCUCUAGCUUUGAUAAAUGGCGAGCAUGGGAUCUAGCUCUUGUUGAGAAGAGUUAUGUGAUGCGAAAAAUAUGGGGCUCAUCAGACGGAAUUCCUGGAGCUGCGCCAUCGGCAUCUUGUUUCUCGGCCGUGAUAAAGCGCCUUCGCUUUUCCAUUGACCCGGGCCCGAGAGAGAGCGGUUUUGUGCUUCAAAACCUGUCCGUCGUUAUAUCUUCCAGCCCCCAGCGAAGCGGCCAAAAAACUAAUAGCGAGGGCGCCUCAAAGUCUCUUAUCAUUGCUCAGACUUAUUGUUCUUCUGCAAGUCUUCGCCUGCGAUGGGAGAUUCUCGACCUGGUGGAGGGCCUUGUGAACACCAUGUCUACGGUCACUCUUGAAUCGGCAACCCCGCUUGAGCCAGCCGAAACCGAGAGAGGAGACCAGAUGGAGCUUCAGGUGAUAUUUGGAACAGACCUGGCAACUGUGGUUGUGGACGGAAUCAACCUGAAACUGGAACUUAUGGGACAAGCUCUUAGAAGUUCGGCUAUUCUAAAUCCGCACGACGCCAAUAAAGCAAGCGCGAGUCUGUUGAUUAGCUGCGGAACAUCUUCUUUGGACCUUUCUAAUCUCUCUAAAGUCAUGAUGCAGUGGAAAUUCACUGAGCCACAUGUGUAUUGUUCUCGUGUGACGGAGGAAACUGCCAGUGAAACGAAGCACGAUUGGAAAAUUGCUGUAUCAAGCCGAAAACUCCGAUAUGACAUGAACGAAGACCCGUUAAGUUUGGCCCAUACAGCUGACCGGCUGAUAGAGGACGAGGCUCGAUUCCUUCACCAACUCAUUAAAGACUUGAACCUUCCGGCGCGUCAUUCUGAGGACACCGCCGCAUAUCAGAAGCCAUCGCACAGCAAAUUUCAGAUUGCUACAUUCUUGGAUGAUUACCGCCUGAGCUUCUGCAUUCUACCGUCUCUGACAUAUGUUAUCUCUGGUGAAGUAGCAAGAGCCUCCAUCAUAUCCACGCUUGAGCAGAAGAUGGAGAUCGACUUUGAUCUAAAGGGAAACCUUCAUACGUUCCUUUCUAACGAAGGGUCUACCUGGCAGCCCUUGUCUAAGCUAGGGAUACCACCGAUCAACGGGCGGAUAAUGGCGGACAUGUCCCCCAACCGCACUGAAGUUGAAGUCGACGUCACCAUUGAGUUGAUUCAGCUGGAGGCAAGCGCAGUGCGAAGUCUUCUUGGUGCCAUAACAAGGCCUGAAUUCUCCCAUCUGGUCUCCGACCUCAAGCAGAAUGUGGAUUCUUUACAAUUACAUGCCAGCGAAGUGUUAUCUCUUGAUAGCCAGCCGCCGCAACAUAACGAUAGAUCCAACUCCGUCUUCCUUUACAAGGCUCGAGGAACAAUGGCUGGAACUAAGAUCCACGCAACCGCGCCUGGGUUGAACGGCAAGAACUACUCGGCUGAUAUGGGAUUGAAUCUCGGCAUGGUACGCAUGCGGAUCAGUAAUGGUCUUGAGGCUGGCUACCCUACAGAGUAUCCAGAGUUCAAUGUUGAUACCUCGAGAAUCAGCUUUGAUCUGAGCAGAAAGGGACAUUACAGUGCACGCUCAUACUGCAGCUUCGCCAUUGACGCCAAGGUAAAGGGCACGUCCACGACCGACGAGAAUGGAAAGACAUUGCAAGCAUUCCACCUAACCAGUAAAGGUUGCGAGAUCGAGCUAUUCCCAGAGGCAGCCGCGCUGGUGGUUGAUGUAGCGGCUCACCUCCAGGAACGGAUGAAAACCCUGGACCUAUCUCACGAAGUCAAGCGCUUUAAGAAAUUGCGACACCGUGUUCAUUCACAGACAAAACCAAAAUCAUCAGAAGCUCCCAGCGUCCAGGUCUCCGAUGAUAAAUCUCAUACUGAUGAUCUCUUCGGCGCGAUAUUCUCACUGGAUCUGAAUAACAUCCAGGUAGCCUGGAACAUGGCCACCUUUUCCCAAACAACAUCUCGAAGACCCGAUGAUUUGGUAUUCUCUAUCAAACGUGUCGACCUCUCAAAUAAGAAAACAAAUGCAGCCAAGCUUCGGAUUGAAAACGUUCAGUUGCAGAUGGUGCCAGUUUCCGGGGACAGGAGAAAGCGCGCAAUGAACUCCGCUCUGAUGCCGGAGUUAGUCUUUAAUGUGGCGUAUUCUUCAGCGGCGAAUGAUAUGCGCGUGGCCUUCCAAGCCGCAGGAAAAUCCCUGGAUCUAAGGGCUACAUCCGAUUUUAUUCUGCCUGGAAGCAUGAUACGGAACUCAAUUGCUUCUGCCGUCAAAACAAUCCGCGAUGCCAAUUCGAUCAUGGUGACAAAAGCGUCGGACGAUUCUAGCGCCAAACAACGGUCUUUGUUUGGAAACAAACGCCUACGUUCCGUUCUCGUCGACGUUGACUUCGCUGGUGCUAUUGUUUCCCUUCAAGGGCGACAAAGCAGCGACCAGCAGACUCUCCUCACGGCUACUUUGCAGGGAAACAGAAAGUCUGAGUCAAAAUAUGGCCAAUACGUUCACGAGGAGGCCGCGGCCACUGCGACGCUACGUGCUCCUGGUGUGGCAUUGAAAGUACAAUUUGAGGACAGCGCUCAGGAAGACUCCACGCUUAACGCGGAACUGAAGAUAGACGCCUCGACGAAUGUCUUGUACCCGAGCAUUGUCCCGCUGAUGAAACAGAUGUCGGACACUGUCAAGGAAGUGAUGGGUGACCAGACCAAGCCCAGGAGACCCUCCAGUACUAUGAUGUUGCAGUCGCAAAAGCUCAUGCAGGAGACGCCCCUGGACAACACUGACCCUAUCUCUGUACUUGGUCGAUGCAAACUGAGCGUUGGACUUUUGAUUUGCAAGCAAGAAUUCAGUCUCAGCUGCCAACCUAUCGCUCGAGUGGCGGCCACCAUGGGAUUCGAUAGCGUCUAUGUCACAGUCAACACAGUCAAAUCAGCGGAAGACGAGCGAUUCCUGGCACUUUCGGUGGCCUUCAAUGAUUUCCGGGCGUCUGUGAAACACGUAUACUCUAAUGAGUCCACUGCCAACUUUGAGGUGAAGUCGGUGGUCAUGUCGUUGAUGAACAGCAGACACUUUGGACAAUCAAAAGGCGUUUCAGCUGCUUUACGGGUGAGCCCUAUGCAGGUCAUGCUCAAUGUAAGGCAAGUUCAAGAUCUGCUGCUUUUCCGCGAGAUCUGGGUACCGACAAAUGAGGCUCUGGAUUCGAGCGCAACUGCAGAUGCACAGUCUCUGGAGACGCAGGCCUAUAUUGUGCAACGCUACCAACAAGUGGCUUCGGCACCAGCUUUCCCGUGGAAUACGACAAUCUCAAUCGAAAAGCUAGAGAUUCAGCUUGAUAUGGGCUCAACGCUCGGGAAAGCACAGUUUGCGAUAGAUGACUUAUGGCUAUCGUCGCAAAAGACAUCUGAUCGCGAGCAAAUCUUGUGUAUCGGCCUCAAAGCUAUUCGAAUUGAAAGCAAAGGUAGACUGAGUGGGAUGGCCGAGCUUAAAACCAUCAAAGUCCAAACAUCUAUCAACUGGCCGGAUGUUACUUCAGAGAUCAAGACACCAUUAGUUCAGGCGUCUAUCGCUUUUCAUCAGCUCGAAGUGAAAGUCGCAUUCGAUUAUCAGCCAUUCUUGAUUGCGCACAUAGCUUCAUUCGAUUUCCUGAUGUACAAUGUCGGAGGCUCAUCUGAUGGAUCAAACGAGCGACUAUUCAGUAUCCUCGAGGGAGAUCAGGUGCAAGUAUUUUGCACGACCUUGACCGCAUCGCAAUCUCUCGCGCUCUUCCAAGCCUGGCAGCGGCUUAUGCAAGACAAGCAAGCCGCUUAUGAAGCGUCAGUGAAAGAGAUUGAAAGGUACCUUCGCCGGAAGGCUUCUGUUUUCUCCGACAAAACCGAGCUAUCAUCCCACAGACCAGCCAAGCACGAUGAGGAGAAGACGGAAAUGGCCCCAAUUUCGUUGCAAACCGGCGUGGUGGUGACACUAAACUCGGUUCAUAUCGGAGUCUUCCCAAGCACUUUCUUUGACAACCAUGUCUUCAAGCUGGAAGCUCACGAUGCUCAAGCUCGCUUUGACGUGUCGCUGGACAAGGGCAAAAUACACAGCGCUUUGGGCCUCACCUUGGGACAGUUGCGUGUAGCACUCUCCCCAAUCGUCCGGUCUGACCCAGCAGUCAUUGAGAAUUUGUUUGUCAGCGAGACCGCCACCCGCGUGAUAGACUCCCGUGGAGGAACUAUCCUCAAGGUGCCUCGGGUGGUGGCUGUGAUGCAGACGUGGCAAGCUCCAGGCUCCCAACAGAUCGAAUAUCUUUUCCGCAGCAGCUUCGAAGGCAAAGUCGACGUUGGGUGGAACUACGCCCGCAUCAGCUUCAUCCGGGACAUGUGGGAGACCCAUUCUCGUGCAUUGGCCUCGCGAUUAGGCAAGCCACUCCCGCCAUCUGCAGUUCGCAUCACCGGAGGACUGAAUGCAGAAGGUGGCGGAGACAAAGGUGACCAGCAAGAAAAGAUCACUGCGGUGGUCAACGUGCCACAGUCCAAGUACAACUAUGUGGCGCUGGAGCCACCGGUCAUCGAGACGCCGCAGUUGCGUGAUAUGGGAGAAGCCACGCCACCCCUGGAGUGGAUUGGGCUCCAGCGCGAUAAGCUGCCUAAUGUUACCCAUCAGAUCAUUAUUGUGACCUUGUUGGAGAUUGCGAAGGAGGUCGAGGAUGCCUAUGCUAAGAUCUUGUGGUCUUCUUGA